AUGAGCAAUAACAAUCAACCUAAUAAACAGGAUUCAUCAAAUAUUUCACCAAUGUUUACUAUUCCACCAUCAUCAAUGACUUCUAUACCACCUCCAUCAUCACCAGUUCCCUUUGCUACUUUCUAUCAAUCAUAUAUUCAAGCUGCCGCUAUGUAUGCAUCUCAUCAACAACAUCAACAACAAUUUUUUCAACAUAUAUUUUCUGUACCUCCUCCACCUUUACCUAAUUCAAAUGUUUCAACUGGAAAUCGACCAUCAUUAUCUACAGAUAAUUCACAAAGAAGAACAACAGAUGUAAGACAAAUAUCGACUUCAAAAAAUGAUUAUCAAGAUCGAAGACGAAAUUUUGUUUCUUCAUCAUCAUUACGUGAUAAUAAUAAUAAACAAAUAGGAAAUAAACGUUCAUAUAAUUUUGAUCAAUCAUCUCGUAAUGAUGAUCGAAAUAUUCCACGUCGUGAACAACCUGUAUCACCAGUAUCAAAAAGACAUCGAAUAAAUAACAGUAUAAUCGAAGAUGAAUAUCAUGAUUCAAGUUCUGAUGAAGAUAUAAAUGAUGUAUCUACAACGAAAAUUAAACCACAAUAUGUACGUACAUGUGUAUCUGAACUUUAUUAUCGACGUGAUGAACAAAAUUCUCGUUUAAUUCAUGCAACACAAAAAUUAAAAGAUCUUUGUGCAAAAUUUCGUUCUGAUCUUCUUUUUCAACGUGAAAUAUUUCGUAAAGAAAAUAAAAUUUUUGAUGAACCUGAUCAUUCAUAUAUGUUUCAUAAAGCAAAACAAAUUGGUUCUAAUAUAAAAUCUAAUAAAUCUCAAAUAAAAUCCAAAGAUACAUCAAGUGAAAGUGGAGAAGAAGAAGAAGAUGAUGAUGAUGAUGAAGAAGAGGGCGAAGAAGAAGGUGAAGCAACAGCAGCAAGUUUAGCCAGUGAUAAUUUACUUACAUUAGAAAUUGAACGUAAACAACAAGUAUCUAAUCGUUUACAUCCAGAACUUUGGUUUAAUGAAUAUAAACAGGGUAAUGAUGGUCCUGUAUGUCGAUGCAGUAAUGAUGAUCGUAAAUUUGGUAUUCGUCAUCAAAUGUUUUAUGGUGAAAAGCCAAUAAUACCAUGUGAAAAAUGGAAUAAUAAUGCUGGUCGAUUGUUUCAUUAUCGUAUUACUUUAACACCGGAAACAAAUUUUGUUUUAAAAGAACCAACAGUGAUAACUUAUGAUGAUCAUGAUUAUAUAUUCGAAGGUUUUUCUGUUCUUUCUCAUGUAUCAUUAGCUAAUGUGAAUGAUUGUAUUGUUGUUUAUCAUAAUAUUGAUUAUGCAAUUGGUUUAGAAGAAGAAUCUCCAUUAGAACAUUAUACAAUCGAAGAACUUGAUCUUCUUCAACAAUAUCUUCUUAUUGAUGUUUGUGAAUUAUAUGAUAUUCAAUGGCGGCCAUUAAAUAAUAAUAAUGAUAUAUCAACUUGUACAUGUUAUCAUUUUUUUCCUCGUUUUGCACGUAUUUUACCUGAUAAUGGAAAAGAAUUACUUCAUCCAGCUGAACAAAUACAAUAUUUUCUUAAACAUCUUAAACCUUUAAUGCCUAAUGAUUUAUAUUCACGUUGUAAAUCAAUGUCUGUUGAUGCAUGGGAUAAAUAUGUAUCGAAAGUACAAGGUUCAAUUGUUUGGUUUCCAAAACAUCGUCCAGGUGCUAUUAGACUCGAUCAACUCGAUCGAGAAAAUAGUUCUUAUCCAGUUAUUGUUCAUUUUGGUAUUCGUCCUGCUGUUUUAUCCAUUCAAUAUAAUCAAGAAUAUCGUCAAGCAUAUAAAUCUUAUUUAAAAGUAUUUUUUCUUUUAAAAAAUCGUACACCAACUGAAGAAGAUAAAGCAAAUUUACGUGAUAAAGAACAACGUUUAAAACAAAUUGUUGCUAAACAUGCUGAACAAUUAAAACGUGAAAUUGUUGUAGAAAUAUCAUCUGAAUAUGCAUAUCGUACUGGUUUUAAAUCUGAUAUAAUUCAACGUUCAUUAUUAUUAUCAUCAUUACAUGAUCAUUUACGUUUUCAUCAAUCAUUAACUGAAUUAGAAAAUCAAUUAGUUGGAUAUCAAUUUCAUAAUCGUUGGUUAAUGCAAUUAGCAUUAACACAUCCAAGUGGAAAUUAUGUUUUACAUAAUAAUCUUGGUCCAAAUCCAGAUCAUGUUAAAAAUACUUUAGCAAAUUGUCGAAUACGAAAUACAGUUUAUGGUGAUCGAAAACAAUUAUUUCGACCAAUAACUAAACGAGGAGUAUCAACAUUAUUUAAAAUAAUGGCUAAAAAAGCUAAAACAUGUGAACAUAUAUCAGAAAUAACAAAUUAUGAACGAUUAGAAUUUCUUGGUGAUGCUUUAUUAGAAUUUCUUGUAUCAAUACAUUUAUUUUUUUUAUUUCCACAAUUUGAUGAAGGUCGUUUAUCAACAUUUCGUGUUGGAUUAAUUCAAAAUCAUUUUUUUACAUCAUUAGCACGAAAUCUUUGUUUACAACAUUUUAUUAUUUAUAAUCAUGGACCAGAUUUAUGUUCACAUUCUGCACUUAAUCAUGCAUUAGCAAAUUCAUUUGAAGCAUUAAUGGGUGCAAUUUAUCUUGAUGGUGGAUUGGCUAUUGUUGAUAAAAUUUUAUCGAAAAUUCUUUUUUAUCAAGAUAAACAGUUAAGUUAUAUAUGGGAUAAUUUACAAGAAUAUCCAUUAAAAGUUCAAUAUCCAAUUAGUGAUCGUCAUUUAAUUGAACAAGUACCUUUAUUAAAACAAUUAACUAAAUUUGAACAAGAUAUUGGAUUAGAAUUUCAACAUAUUCGAAUGUUAGCACAAGCUUUUUGUACAAGACCAAUACCACAAAAUGAUUUAACUAUUGAAGAUAAUGAAAGAUUAGAAUUUCUUGGUGAUACUGUACUCAAUUUUGUUGUAAGUGAUUAUUUAUAUCGUCAUUUUCCUGAACAUCAUGAAGGUCAUUUAUCAUUACUUCGUUCAUGUACUGUUUCUAAUCCAACACAAGCUGUGAUCUAUGAUGAAUUAGGUAUGCAAGAAUAUGUAGAUUAUGUUCGUGAACAACUUCGUAUAACAACACCAAAAUUAAUUGAAAAAUCUUUAAAAGCUAAAGCAGAUGUAUUUGAAGCAUUUAUAGCUGCUUUAUUUAUUGAUCAAGGUUUAGAAUCAAUUUAUGCAUUUUGUCGUGCAACUAUAUUUCCACGUUUACAAGAUUUUAUAUCAACACAACAUUGGAAUGAUCCAAAAUCAAAUUUACAACAUUGUUGUUUAGCAUUACGUGAUCCAAAUGAUCGUAAUCCACCAUUACCUGAAUAUCGAGUUUUAAAAUCUAUUGGAUCAUCAAAUAAUGUUCAAUAUAAAGUUGGUGUUUUUUUUCGUAAACAACGUUUAUCUGUUGGUAUUGGACGAUCAAUUCAUGAUGCUGAAAUGGCUGCUGCAAAAAAUGCAUUGGAACAACAUGCACAAAUGUUUCCAUUAUUAAAUUAUCAAAAAUCAGUUUUAGCUUCGUCAAAUCAUUAUUAUAAUUCGAGACGUAGACUAACAACAACAACAAUAUCAACAAAAACAGGUAAUAAAAAUGAGAAUAAUCGACAACAACCAUUUUCAUUACGAAAUGUUAAAACAAGAGGUAAUGUUUCAUCAAUGAUUAUUACAUCGGCAAAAGUCACAACUCUUAUUAAAGAAGCCAGUAAAGCUAUUAGUUAUGCAUUAACAACUUUAAUUUGGCCUAUACUUACAUUUAUUCUGAAUAUUAGUUUUAUUAUUUUGGGUAUUCUAGUUCUUGCUUAUUAUUCAACUUUGGGACGAUCUAUUUAUCUAAUAAGUUGUAAUCAAGAUUUUGGUCAAUCAUGUCAAAAUGAAUCUUCUCGUACAUAUGUUAUAUCAAAUGAAUCAAAAAAAUUAAAUAGUCAUAAUUGUAAUCCAGAUAAUUUUUCACAAUUAAAUUGUUCAAUAGAUCGUAUUCGAUGUGUUUAUGUAUCAUAUGGUUUUGUUGAUGAAACAUUUGAAAAUUAUUUCAAUACAAUAUGGAGCCAUCGUUUAUCUCAAUUUUUUAGUCAACAUUCAUGGUUGAUUAAUAUUUUUAAUAUAUUUAUUAUCUAUUGGUUAUUAGCAUUAACAAUUGCACUGGAAGAAAUGGUUUUAGCAUGUACAUUUGCUUAAAUAAAUCAAUUAAAUGAAAAAUAUUGUCAUAGUUAUUUUCAUAAAUGUCUUUGUCUUCAAGGUUUAUCAAUAACAUUGCAUCAUCAUUUGGGUACUAUUGCAUUUGAUAGUUCAUUUAUUGCUAUUAUUGAUGUAAUACGAACUUUAAUCGAUUUAAUUAAAGAUCGAAUGGAAACAAUGAAUCUUGUUAGUUAUGGAAAAUGUUGUUUAAUAUUAAUUAAAGGUUGUCUUAGUUGUGUUCGAUGUUGUUUUCAAUUUUUUUCAAGAUAUACUUAUAUUAUGACAGCGAUCAGUGGUAAAUGGUUUUGUUCAUCAGCUUUUAUUGCAACAAGAUUAUUAUUAAAAAAUUGUUUACGUAUAUUUGUAGUUGAUCGUAUUUGUGCCAUUCUUUUAUAUAUUGGACGAACAACAAUCACAAUUGGUUCGUGUGUUUUCACUGCUUAUAUUCUUGAUAAAAUUGAAACAAAUAUUAAUUUACAUUUUUCAUGGUUUCCCGUACUUAUUAUUGGUCUAAGUGUUUAUAUAAGUUCAGCAAUAUUUCUUAAUGUUUAUUUAAUAGCAUCAUCAACAUUAUUUUUUCUGUGUUUUAUAUGA